CCCUAUUUAUAGUGCUAGCAAAGGUCUGGUAAGCUCUGGCUCUUCACAAACUUUUCAUUUAAAGUCACCUGUAGCAGUCCACCAAAUGCACAGUGACACACGGACAGGAAGGAACAGGAUGUGCCGGCUCAGGUAGAAAAUAACCAAAUUUCAGAGAGGCUAAAGGAGACUGCAAGAGCAAGCCGAAGAGAAAGACUGAAUCUGAUGGGUAAUUAAAGGCCUACCAGACUUGGCUGGUAGGACAUUGAACUUGUCCACCUGUCAUCGGGACGAGCUAUUGUUAAAGACUGAUGUCUGUAUACAACUCUUAAAGGAAUGCUGUGAGACUGGAAACUUUUUUUACACCGGACAACACAAAGGAAAGAGAGCAAGCAGGACAAAACUGAGACUUCAUUGGACAUCUACUGUACAAGUAACAAAGAAAAAAAUAUGGCGCCUUCAUUGCUUUAUUCAAUGAGUUUUCAGCACUAGAUAUAAAUGCAAGUUAAGGAUUUGUGUGGCAAAGAAGAAACAAAUUCCACUUUUUUGUCCUUUUAAAAUCUGAUUGUUGAAAUCUUCUAGAGAAAAUUCUGCACCUACGUCUCUAAAUGUAACCUGAUCUCAUGCAUGUGGCUCCAAUUGCCAAGCAAGUUCAGACAUUUGUAAUUAGUGGUCAUCUUUAAGAGCAAACCAAGAAAAGGGUGAGGUCUGUGUGAAAGAGGACUGUAGGCUGUAAGAACACCAACACUGACAACAAAAAUAUCCCAAAGGAAGACAUCUAAAUCUCAACGGCUUAGCAGUGUUAUGGAUUCUCAUGGGGGACACUACCUUAACAAGGACGCAGUGCUGUCACCUUUGGGUGCAGCCCGAAUAUGCCAGCUGGUACUUGGCUGCACCAUUAUUGCCCUGGUGUCCCAUAGUGCGGGUUACAGUGCAAACUAUGGGAUCUUCUGCAUGUUUGUUUGGUGCUUCUGCUUCACUGUCACACUGGUCGUGUUUACCUUGGACAUCACACGCCUCCACAGCUGCAUGCCAAUUUCCUGGGACAAUUUCACUGUGGCCUUUGCCAUGUUAGCAACACUCAUGUACAUUACUGCCUCUGUGGUCUACACCGUUUACUUUCUGCAAACAGAUUACUUCGACAAGGACUACGAAGUCCAAAUCUACCGCAUUUCCGUAACGGUCUGUUCCAGUGUUUGCUGCUUCCCUUACGGAGUGGAAGUAUUCCUGACAAGAGCAAAACCAGGAGCUGUGGUGGGCUACAUGGCCACUGUGUCUGGACUGCUCAAGGUGGUCCAGGGGUUUGUGGCUUGCAUAAUAUUUGGAGCCCUUGCUAAUGAUAGUGAGUACAACCAGUACAUUGCCACCCAGUACUGCGUGGUGGUGUACAGCCUCUGUUUCUCUGUCACAGUAAUCGUCAUCAUACUGACAGUGUCUGGAAGAACAGCCGCACUGAGAUUCCCGUUUGAUCACUUUGUGGUCGUCUACACGUUCUUUGCUGUGAUCCUCUACCUCAGUACUACACUGAUCUGGCCCAUCUUCAACUUUGAUAAAAAGUACGGCAGCACUGAUCGUCCUGAAGCCUGCCCACGGGGAGAAUGUCCCUGGGAUAGUAAGCUGGUUGUGGCAGUCUUCACCUGUGUCAACCUGGUGUUAUAUUUUGCUGAUCUUGUUUACUCCCAGAGGAUUCGCUUUGUCUCCAGCUCUGCUGUCUGAAGAAAAAAAAAAAAAAGAAAAACUUUUAUUCCAGUUGUUGUGAAGGACCUUUGACCCAUAACUUAAUAGUAUUACAUGUAUUAUAAACCUCUUACAUGUCUUAGGCAGUAUUAAGCAUGUUGCUCUCUCCAAUUGCACCUGGUUGGUCCUGUAAAUGUAUAGCCUAUCUUACAAAGACUGAGCACUGCAUUUAUUGUUUUUAAGCCUUCAACUACAAGUAAAAUAUACCUUAGAGAUGUGUCUAAUAUGUAAAAGCUACUGUACGCACCAAGUCUAGAUUUUUGGUUUAAGUGUUCACGAAUUUUCUUUCUAUAUGUUUUUUCUCUUCAAAAAUUCCUUAUUGACUUAAAUAUCAGUUUAUUUAAUUGCUGUCCUGUUACGCUACCUUUUGAGCACUGAAUAAGUCUAGCAUUCUUAAUUGCCAUAUGUUUUUAAUGUUUCUCGUGUUAAAUAAAAUGCCCAAAUGCAGGCCA